AUGAUGGAUGAGUUCGACGGGAGGGAACAAAUCAGGGAAGGAAAACGCAAGGAGCCAAGAGAUCCGAUCCAUAUAUCGGAAGAGGAUCGAAGAAAUGACCCUAUGGUGUCAAAGAAGAUGGCUGAUGAACAAGCCAACUUGUACUAUAACAGUGGCCAUUCCUCUCAAGACAGUAGGCGCCGCUCUAGAAGGCAUCGAGAUGAUCCUGACCACAUGGUCGAAAACCUUGAAGGAUACAAGAUCCGGAUCCCACCGUUCUAUGGCCACAACAAUCCUGAUGAGUACAUGGACUGGGAGAAGAAGUGUGAGUUCAAUUUUAACUUACACAACAUAUCCAACCACAACCGUGUUAAGCUGGCGGUCUCUGAGUUCAAUGACUAUGCACUAAGGUGGUGGGAACAAGUUGUGACCGCAAGACAGAUAGGUGGAGCCUUUGAGGUCACCACUUGGGAAGAAAUGAAGAGAAUCAUGAGGCAGCGGUUCAUUCCCAGUUACUAUCAGCGUGAGCUACACUCCAAGCUCAGGAGGCUCACUCAAGGGUCCAAAAAAGUGGAAGAAUACUUCCAAGAGAUGGAAGUUAUGUUGCUAAGGGCUAAUGUGAUUGAGGACAGAGAAGCCACUAUGUCCAAAUUCCUUGGAGGGCUCAACUGCAAAAUCCAAGAUGUUUGGAGAUGCAGAACUUUGUGUGCUUGGAAGCUAUUGUGA